AUGGUGAAAGAGAGUCUCCCAGCCUGGGUCCAGGAAGCUGAGGAUAUCCUGGUGCACAUCAACGUCGGUGGCCUGAAGCGCAGCCUGUUUUCCAGCACUCUAAGUAAUUUCCCCGACACACGUUUGGGACGCCUGCUGGCCUGCGAGUCCGAAGAGGCCAUAUUGCAAGUUUGCGACGAUUACGACGUUCAACAAAAGGAGUUCUACUUCGACCGCAACCCGGGACUCUUCCCUUACGUACUGCAAUUCUACCUUACCGGCAAACUCCACAUCAUGGAGGAACUAUGUAUCUUCUCCUUCUGCCAGGAGAUUGAAUACUGGGGAAUCAAUGAGUUCUUCCUGGACAGCUGCUGUAGCUACCGUUACCACGACCGCAAACUGGAGAGACGCCACAAGAGCUGGGACGAGGAGAGUGAUGUUAGCAGCGUGGACACUUCCGUGGACGAGAUCUCAGACCUGAACAAGGACAUCCAGCACUUCCAGGACAUGCGCUGUGGAAAUGCCCGGAAGUACCUGUGGCUGACUCUGGAGAACCCUGGCUACUCCAUUCCCAGUAAGCUUUUCAGCUUCCUCUCCAUAGCUGUGGUGUUGACCUCCAUAGCCAUCAUGUGCAUUAACAGCCUUCCGGAGUACCAGCACUUUGACGAGGAUGGCAAACAAGUGGAGGACCCGACCCUGCAAGCGCUGGAGUUCUUCUGCAUCUGCUGGUUCACCUUUGAGGUGGUGACGCGGAUGCUUUUGGCGCCCAACAGGAGAAAGUUCUUCCGCCACCCGCUCAACAUAAUCGACAUUGUGUCAGUGUUGCCCAUCUAUAUCACGCUGCCUAUUGACCUGGCGUUGGGCAGCGAAUCAGAGCUGGGGAACCUGGGCAAACUGGUGCAGGUGUUCCGCCUCAUGAGGAUAUUCAGGGUUCUGAAGCUGGCCAGACAUUCGACAGGCCUCAGGUCUUUGGGAGCAACGCUACGGCACAGUUACAGGGAGGUGGGCAUCCUGCUGCUGUACCUGGGCGUGGGCGUGUGCGUGUUCUCGGGCUUUGCCUAUACGGCCGAGUAUGAGGAGGACGUGGGGCUGGAUACCAUUCCUGCCUGCUGGUGGUGGGGCACCGUCAGCAUGACCACCGUGGGCUACGGCGAUGUGGUGCCCGUCACGGUGGCCGGCAAGCUGGCGGCCAGCGGCUGCAUCCUGGGUGGGACCCUGGUGGUGUCCCUGCCCAUCACGAUCAUCUUCAACAAGUUCUCCCACUUCUACCGCAAGCAGAAGGCCCUGGAAGCCUCAGUGAGAAACAGCAACAAGAAGAAGUUUGACGAAGUGUUAAGCAGUUGUGCACUGAUAUCACCUAACUGGCAGUAG